AUGGUAAGCCUAGAUAUAACCAUCGUCAUCACCAUCAAGUCCUUCCCCUCCUGUAAGAAUCACUUCCAGCUUAGAGUAAUCUUGUAUUUCGGCCCUACAGACACACCCCUACUGCGCCUUCUACAGCCAGCCUACAGCGACGGCGUCUACGAACCAGCCAACAGGAUCACCAAUCCACUUCGUAUCAGUCAAGAACUCAUGGCUGGAGCCAACGGGAUGCUGUCUAAGGGAGGAAGAACAGCUUUCCAGGUUUUCUUCGGGCAGCAGGUGGUGGAGGAGAUCCUGGAUGCUCAAGGAGCUGGAUGUCCACCAGAGUACUUCAACAUUCCCGUAGAGAGUGACCAUGUCUUCUACACACACGCACCCAAGCUGAAGGAGCUGCCUCUCCUCCGUACUCGCUACGACAUGACCACCGGAUUCUCUCCCAAUAACCCGCGCCAGCAGUUAAACGAGAUCACACCAUACAUGGAUGGUGGACUGGUGUAUGGCACUGCCAAGGGUUGGGCAGAUGUAUUGAGGACCAGAUCUGAUGGCACUCUGGCACCUGGGGGACUUCUGGCUACCCAUGAUGAGCUUGGUGAAGGAUUCCCAGCACAGAACACACAGCGUCUGCCCAUGGCCAACCCACCGCCCCCAACCAACCACUCCGAUUACGUCAGUAGAAGUUACACUGCUCCUGUUGACAGAUUCUUCAAACUGGGGAAUCCAAGAGGGAACGAACCCUUCUUGCUCACCUUCGGCAUCUUCUGGUUCAGAUGGCACAACAGGAUAGCUACGUAUCUACAUCAAGAAUUCUCGGAGUGGACGAGCGAGUAUAUAAUGAGGCGGGGAAAAUGGGUAAUAGCUACCUACCAGGCCGUUGUUUACUAUGACGGGGCUACCAAGUAUAUCCGCACUGAGGCACACCUUCCCAAGGUUACAAGGCGAGGGACGGUUCCACAAGUGAGCCACAUUUUCCAGUCAGCUGCUAUGAGGUUCGGGCAUACGUUAGUGACCUCAGGAGUAUACCUGCGAGAAACGCAGGGACGAAGGUUGUCGCACAGUUCCUUUCUCUCUGGGGGUCUGGGCCAGAACCAUGCGCAAGGGGGAGUCAGGACAUGCAACUCGUUUUGGAGAUCCCCAGAAUGUUUACUCGUGGGCCCUGAGAACUUUGAGAGGUUUCUGAUGGGUCUCAGUAGCCAGAGUACCGAGUCGGAGGACAACGUGAUCGUUGAUGACUUGCGAGGUAAUGUGUUUGGACCACUUGAGUUCUCCCGACGUGACCUGAUGGCUGUAAACAUUCAGAGAGCUCGUGAUCAUGGACUUUCCCUGAUUACAAAAAUGCCAGGAAAAUAUUUUGGACUUGAAACCCUAAAAAACACUGGAGGGGAAGAGUUCAGGAGGAAAACUAAUACCGAAGUUCCCGACGAAGUGAUUAGGAACCUCUCUAUGGUUUAUGACAAUGAUCCCAAUAAGGUUGAUAUAUGGGCCGGAGGUCUUACUGGAGACUACUACAGACCAGGACAGCUAUUUUCCAGAGUCAUCGUGGACCAGUUUCAGCGUAUACGGGAUGGAGAUCGCUUCUGGUUUGAGAACUCCGGAAACAAUUUGUUUACGAAGGCGGAGAGAGAUCGGAUUCGGCAGUUGAGAGUGAUUGACGUGUUGGCAUCAGUGACAAAUCUGGUGCCAGGUGUUGAUAUACAAGUGGAUCCCUUCACUGCAGUUCAUGACGAAAACACUGUGAGCGUCUCCUGUAAUGGAGUACUGAGUGCAACUACACAGUGUAGGCUUCCGGGUAACAUCUCAAAGACCUGUCGAUAUCUGCCUCAAGUAUCCGACAUGAACACUGAACAUUGUACACAAGCCGGAACCUACGACUACUUCAGCGGUUCUGAAGCCUCUUACGUUCUCACCUUCACUCUGGUGCUGGCUGCAUGCGUGGCGCUGCUCAUCUUCGUGAGUGUGAAGUCACAGACGAAGGUGCGGGAGGAAACGAAGAGAGUCUUCAGCAGCAUCUCUGCUAAAGAAAACAUCCACAAGGCUAAAGAGAGGGUGUCGUCAACGGAGAGUCGCUAUGUGAAGGUGGGGUUAAUUCCAGAGUCUAGACACAUCAAGGUGCAAGGAAUGAGGGACCAGCUGCUACGUACCCUCGACCUCAGGAACGUGCAAGAACUGACUGUCAAAUACAUACAAGACUAUACCCAGAUCUCCGUCUCUGUUCUCAACCACUACGACCUGUUCCUGAAGUUCGUGGAUGGCUUCCACGGCGAGAAGUUGUACAUGGACUUGGAGAGUUUUUGCCAAGAACUUGGUAUAGCUUUCAGCUCCAAGCAAGAGACGAAGGCAUCCAUCCUGAGAGGGGUGACUACUGUCUACCAGAGAGAGAAACAGCUAGCCGAGUUCUCCAGGGUCGUGUUGGGUAAUGCGUUCGCUGACAGCAAGAAAGCACAGGCGACAGGAAACCUACUGUCAAUUGCUGGCAGUAAGAUGAACUCCUAUUUAACCAUGGAAAUUACUCAGUUUGAACUGGCCAACCAGCUGGGCAUGUUACCAGACUCCAUCUUCGUUAAACAGUUGUUUCAUCUCAUGGAUUCGGACCAAAGUGGCUUCAUCACCAUUAAGGAAUUCUGGGACGUGAUGGUAGUGUUCGCCCAGGGCAAACCCGAGGAGAAGGCUCGACUCAUCUUCAACAUCUACGAUCUCUCCAACAAGGGCUACAUCUCCUCCCAGGACCUGAUGAGCAUUGUGAAAUCAACGCUGGGAAGUGAAGGCAAGAACCGAGACCUGGACAAGGUAGUCCAGACGAUGCUGGAGUCAGUGGGCCUCCAGCACGGUCAAUACAUUGACUUCGCUCAGUUCCAGAAGAUCUUUGACCUACAGGGCGACGUUUUUAGAAACGUCAACAUCGACAUGAAUGACCAGGCUUCCAGAAGAGGAGAGUCUCGCUUCAGUCUCUACGGCAGUAUACCGGUUGGGGGCUUCAGUGCCGAAGCCGCUAGGAAGGAAUACGAAGAGGCCAGGAAGGAGGUAAUGGCGGAAGAGGAAGAUCGAGAACCGCAGAUGCUGGGAACCAUCAAUCAGUUCUAUCAACUGUGGUCAAUAAGGUCAAAGAUAUAUCGUGUACGUCUCUGGAAAGCACUCUAUACCCUCGUUAUGCUGCUCAUCUUCGUCGAGAGAGCCUACUAUUAUUCGGUGGAGAGAGAACACGCAGGACUCCGCCGUAUAGCAGGUUACGGUGUUACUGUUACUCGGGGAGCUGCCUCAGCCAUGAUGUUUACUUACUCCACUCUCCUCGUCACUAUGUGCAGAAACCUCUUCUCUGUUCUCAGGUCCACCGCCCUCCACCGGCUGUUUCCCUUCGACUACAUGGUCGAGUUCCAUCGCUACAUCGGCGUUUGGGCUCUUAUAUGGACGGUGAUGCACGUUAUUGGCCACGCCAUCAAUUUCUACCACAUCUCCACUCAAACCCCGCCUGAUCUUACCUGCCUCUUCAGGGACUACUUCAGGCGUACCCACGUACUGCCGAAGUUCCACUACUGGUGUUGGGAAACCAUCACUGGCCUGACGGGGGUCUUCCUCACCCUUCAAACUGCUGUUAUCUACAUCUACGCAUUCUUCGGCAGGAGGCACUUCUUCCCUUACUUCUGGAUGACGCACAACUCUUACCCAAUUUUUUAUUUUCUCUUCGUUCUUCACGGCUCUGGAAGGCUGGUUCAGCCUCCAUUCUUCCACUUUUUCUUCCUUGGUCCGUGUAUUCUCUUCGUCUUAGACAAGUUGGUCUCUAUCUCAAGGAACAAGAUCAAGAUAGAUGUCAUAAGCGUCCAGCAUCUGCCCUCCAAUGUUGUUCGCCUCGAGAUCAGACGACCGCCCAACUUCAGCUUCCAGUCUGGUCAGUGGGUCAAGAUUGCCAGUAUAGGCAUAGGAGAACAGGAGUACCAUCCCUUCACAUUAUCUUCAGCACCUCAAGAGGAGAACCUCACGUUACAUAUUCGAGCUGUGGGACCGUGGACCAGGAAGCUGGCAGAAGUGUACCAGGAGCAAGACAAACAUCAGAAAUAUCACCAAAUUCUUAUGGACGGACCUUUCGGUGAGGGUCAUCAGACGUGGUGGGACUACGAGGUGGUGGUGCUGGUGGCUGGAGGGAUUGGCGUCACCCCUUUCUCGUCCAUCCUGAAGGACAUUGCCCACAAACUCCAGAACUCCAAGUCUCUCCUGAAGACCAAGAAGGUGAUCUUCCUGUGGACAACAAGGAGCCAGAAGCAAUACGAGUGGAUGACGGACAUCCUGAGGGAGGUGGAGACGCUGGACAAGUACAAUAUCAUCAGAAACCACAUCUUCAUCACUCAGUUCAAGAGCAAGUUUGAUCUACGUACCAUCAUGCUGUACAUGGCUGAAACAUUCCAGAGGUUUUACGGCACUUCAAUAUUACUGCUGUCGGCCAUCACACACUUCGAGACAAACUUCUUCAUCUUCAAGUCCAUCAAGAUCAAGUACAUAACGUGAGCAUCAAUUAUCGGCGUAUUCACCUGUGGCAGCGCAAACCUGAGUCAGUCAGUUGAACGCGGCUGCCAGGAAAUCAACAAGGAAGAGGGCCCAGUCUUUAGACACUACUACGAGAACUUCUAAACUACCACUUUCUGUUCAACUACAACCACUGUUACAACUACUGCGACUUAUGCUACGACAAAGACACUUGGUUUAGAGCAAAUCUUCGUUAAUCUCCCACUGGGAAGAACCAAAAUCAAGUGAUUUUUCCUACUAUACUUGUAGGCAAUAUCGGCCAUCGAAUAUUACUACAACUACGAGUAGUAUCGCUAAAGCGUCUACAUUACCCGCACAUCACUUCUUUGAUGCCCUUUUGCAUGUCUGUCAGCGAUGCCAAGUUUUGAUUACGUUCAUAAGAUUAAUUUAAACUUAGUUUUCAAGUCUAAGGAUGGUUCAAUACUCACAGCUUCUAGACACGAGUAUUUCUCAGUGGGCUGUAGUAGUCACUGCAUUCCUGUAAUUAUACAUUACUCUAAGAAAAUUUGCCCCUCAAGGAAGGUUCCUUGAUGUUGGUGAGGGGCUCUUGAUUUAGUGAAUUGGAUCUGUGCUCCAGUUCCCCGAAUUAAGCCUGAAUGCCUUCCACAUCCCCCCCCCCCCAGGCGCUGUAUAAUCCUCCGGAUUUAGCGCUUCCCCCUUGAUUAUAAUAAUAAUCUAAGAAAAUUUGCAAUAAUACAAUAUUAAUAAAAAUAAUAAAUACAGUUAAUAGUAAUAUGUACAAUUAAUAAUACAAAAUUCUAUAAUACAGAUAUUACUACUACUAGUACACUAUAAUUACCACCAAGAGGAAUAUCAAAAUAAAACUGAAUGUGUUCUAUUUCUGUAAUCACUCUGGUAAAAAAAAAAAACUCACUCACGAAUUUGAAAUGAAAAGUGCACAAUGUCCCUGUCCAUCCUAAACCAUAAAAUAUCGUGACUAACUUGAUAAUCCACGACAGACAAACGUUGCCCAGUUCUCGCGUCUUGAGUUGUGGGUGAAAUUUCAUGCUCAGUUUGUGAGUUAGUUGUGAAUUGCUCUAAUUAUGGUAUUGUGAUUUGUAUCAGUUACUGUAAUGCUUCGUCUUUCAAGAGGAGGUAAAGGGAGGGGGGAAGCUCAUUAAUGCAGUCAAGAGCCCUCCUUCACUUCCUCAAGAAGAAAAGGGGGACUCAUUGAUGCCAAUCAAGAGCCUUCCUCUAGUUCCUUGAUUAUUAUUUAUAUAAUCAAGACUAAGCGCCAAACCUGAUUCUCUUAUUUCCCAAGGUGCUUUAUGACCCUUACAGAUUUAUCAUUUUCCUCUAGAUACAAUAACAGUAUUAAUAUGUGAUCAGUUUCUGCGCUGUGAAGUUUCUAGACAGUUUUAAACAAGAGUUUAGUACUCACUAAGGUACUCACUAGUACUCACUAAGGUACUCACUAGUACUCACUAAGGUACUCACUAGUACUCACUAAGGUACUCACUAGUACUCACUAAGGUACUCACUAGUAUUUACUAAGGUACUCACUAGUACUCACUAAGGUACUCACUAGUACUCACUAAGGUACUCACUAGUACUCACUAAGAUACUAAGUAAGCUAUUCAUUGAAUGAUUAAGAUGGGAAAACCAAGCUGAGGCAAGAUAACUCUUAAUUUGUUUAAUUAUAAACAUAACUAAGUACUAAACUUACAAGGGUCAUACAGCACUGUAGCUUGUUAAAGGUUUGAAGCAACACUCUUACUGCCGUUGCCUCCCCCCCCUUAGAGAGGGGGAGAGAGGAGAGGGAAGGGAAGGGAGGGGGGGAUGUAAUAUGCCAACAGGAAAACUGUUUCUAACAAAAAAUACCUGAUUCUCAACAAGUUUGGGACCUCAACGGGAGUUAUCAGUAACUUUUCCUGACAAGACUCAGUCAUACCACACUACUUUCACAGCCUUUGUCAUGGAGUUAGUCUGUGUGUAAAUACGUUUGUGUGACUGAUUUCUUUUGGUCUCUCUGUCUGGCUAUUUUUUUGUUUUUGUAUGGCUCUGUGUUUCACUGUGUUUUUCUGUUUGGUGGCCUCUGGCUUUGUCUUUACGUGGUUCUGUUUUUGUCUGUGGUGGUGUCUGCGCGAAUGUCUGUCUCUGCUUGUCUGUGUUCUGUAUGUCUGUGUGGUAUCUUUAUAUAUAUAAAUAAGGGUUUAACAGGGCUAGGUUAAAAAGUCGUACCUCUAUUUACUAGGUAAGAGUUGUUACAUAGCUCAUUUGAAGUCCUUAUUUUGAAACAUACAACUGGGAAAUAAGAUGAAGUUAGAGCUAUCAAUGAGCCUGCGAUUUAGUUUGACCUUUUCCAUUAAUGCCAUUAUACUGUACGAACAUGUUCAAGAUUCGUGUCAUUUUAGGAAUCUCAGAUGAAGUGAUGUUUUAUGAGAAAGAUACAGCCAGUGUACUUGCUGUCCGUCUGGUUGUGUAGAAACUGUCUUCUCAUUGUCCAUAAAAUGGAGCCAAGUAUGGUACCUUGACAGCAUUGGCCUUUUACAUAACAAUAAAACUUCCCACUUCCCUCCGGUGUUGAAUGCUUUGCUGAAAUGACAGAUCAGUCUGCGCUGGGUCCAGACCAGGAAAGUCGUCCUGCUCCGUUCCCUAUUCUGUUGAGAAGUCGUAGAAGAGACGGCGGCAGGCAAUCUAAGAAAGUGAGGCAUACUCAAGGUGUGAGCACACUUGUGCCUCGUACAGUCAUUAAUCCUCUACUGUUGAGGAGAUGCAAAUAUGUCUAAGACUGUUAAUUUUCUGGUCCCCUUGUUUGCAAGAUUUACAACGUGGCUCUUCAUUGUCAGUUUGGAAUAAAUUUCACUCCAAGGACAUCAACUUACUCCCCGGAUUCCAACACCCAUUCAUUACUACUGCUAAAGCAUUAUCAUCAUUUGUGUUUUCACUGAAGCAAAUGUAACCUGUUAUUGUUUACUUCAGGAUGAUAAAGCUGUAAGCUGGUUAAUGAUUUAUCUGACAGCUGGCAUUUCCUCUCUUGGAUAGGUAAAUGUCAGUACAGUCUUCUGUAUAUGCAUGGGAUUCUGGGAUGAGUUGAAGGUCAAUGAGUAGACAUCCAAUAACAAUGGCCCAAGUACACUUCCCUGUGGAACGCAGGCAUCGAUUGAGCAUCUUAUUGACUCUGUCCUAUUGUGAAGUACUCUCAGAGGUCUACCUUGAAGGUAAUCACUAAGGAGGCAUAACGCAGAGCCGGAGACUCCGAGGACUUCCAUGGUGUCAUGACUCACGAAAUCAUAAUGACACGAUUGCAAACAAAUCAUACCAUGGGUGGGGAUAGAACCCUGGUGUCAUACUCGAUCGAAAGCGGCGCCAGCAGUAUUCAUUCCUACUACACAUCUGAUCUUAGAUUCAUCCAGCGACUGGUGCCACAUACUGGAGAGGUUUAACAACAGAUCAGCAACAGUGACCUUUUCUCAAGCCAUAUUGACUGACACAAUGGAGAGAGUGGAAGUCAAAAAACGCUGUCAUUUGCCGUGAGAUUGUCUCAAGAAUCUUACCGGUGACUGACAGCAGUGACACUGGUCUGCAGUUGCUGAUUUUAACUCUGCUCUUCUUUUGUGAACACUAACUACAAUUUGUCUCAUCAUAGAAAAGGCCAUUUACACUGCUAGGGAGCGCUGAUACAUGCGAGUUAAAGGUGAUGCUAAUUGGUCUGCACCUCUACUCAGCAAUCUUGGGCUUGUCAUAUCUAGGUUCACAGUCUUUUCUUGGUCCAACGAUUUAAGAUGCACAUCAUCCUGCCAUAUUGGGACCCCUGACAACCUUGACAGUUUCUGCGGCUAGCAGACGAGGUAAUUAAUUUGAAAAAGAGCCAUAUAUAUUUUCCAAGCCAUUGUUUAUUAAUGUAAUAACUUAUACUUUACUUUCUGUAUAUUAGGUAAUGAAACAUAAGUACAUUUGUAAACUAUACAAUAAAAAAUUAUUC